ACAACAAACAUACAUUAAAAAAUUUGUGGUGUGAAAUUUUCGUAACGAAAAUGUAACUAGAAAAUAUGCUUAAAAAAUUAGUAAAAAUAUUUUAUAUAGAUAAAAAAUACAGCGGCAGGAUGUUGUGGAAUAAAGAUGCUCUAGUAAUAAAUAAUUUACCUUCAAGAUUAAGAUUUCUUUCUAGCAUUAAAAAAAAAUCUACAAAAAUACAUGAAUCCUUAAAUAGUAUAAAGGUAGAUGAUAAAGCGAGUCGAAGUGGUUCUGCAAAAAUAUUAGAAAAAUUGCUUGGUUUCAAAUCUAUCAUAGCAAAAGAUAUCGUAUUGAAGAAUAAAAAAUUUCACAAAAUUUCGGUGAAUACCAUUGUAUACAACUUUACAUGUUCUCUGGAAAAUGGCAUUUUGCCCGUAACAUUAGAACAAUUUCCAGAAGUAUUAGCUGAAUUGGAUCUUCCAUUGAAAAUAUCAGAAUUAAAAGAAUUGCCUUAUGAUGUUAAUAUAACGGCACCAUUGCUUUCCUUGCCAUAUCAACGUUUAAAAACCUACACUAAUGGAGAAAUUGAAACAAAUCGUAUUGCAUUAAUAUCAGAAAUACUGCUGAUAGAGAAGUCCAAAGUGUGCCAGAUUUUUGCUAAGAAAAAUUUUCUGCUCUCACUUAAUUUGAAUCAAUUAUUAAAUAAUAUCAAAUUAUUAACAGAUAAUGGUAUUACCAAAGAUGAAAUAAUUAAGGAUUUGUGGGUAUUACGUUACUCUACUAGUGUAAUAGAAGACAGACUGGACACGGCAAAAAGAAAUGGUAUUGAUAGCUUUAAAACGUGGAUGGUACGCGCUCAACCUGAAAUUUUUGAGACAUACAUUCGGAGGCGUUCGGACAAUAAGUUAAUAUUAGGAGACAGUUCAUUAACUCAGUACUUAUCAGAGAGGCUGGAAUGCACUGAAGAAGUAGCAAAAUAUAUAAUUUCUAAGCAACCGGCUUUACAAAAUAAGAGUUUAAAAAAGAUGAACGAAAUGAUAGAGUUUUUAUUCAAACAUGGAUUUAAACCUAUUCAUAUUUGUAGAAUUCCCAAAAUUUUGUUACAUGGUGUAGAGACUACCAGAAAAAGGUUGAAGGAACUGGAGGCAACUGGAAUGCAACUUGAUUCCUUGUACCUCCUCACUAAAAGUCAAAGGCAGUAUUUGCAGUACUACGAAUUACUUGUUAAAAGUGGUAAAAAUAAAUUGAAGAAUACGUAAAAUGUAUUUCUUUAAUCCUUAAAAUAAAAAAAGAUUUCAAAAUUGUUUAAACUUCAAAAUUGCCUCAUUUUCAUAUAUGGAUAACAGAAUAUACUAGAAUAUACUUACUUUUUAUUAUGUCAUUUUGUUGAAGUGUAAACAACAUAUUUUGUCAGCUCCGAAUAUGUCGAAUUACAAGCCAGCAAAACAUCAAUUGCGGGAAGUUUUACUUUUCCUGUUUAAUUUGAGCAAAAGUGCUACUGAAAGUCAUUGAGUGCUGUUGGAAACUUAAUGGUGAACAUACUUACUCCAUUGAUAAAAACGUGAGUAUUGGUUUCAACGUUUUAGAAGUGAUGAUUUUGAUACAGUUGACAAAGAACGCCCUAGUCAGCCAAAAAAAUUCGAAGAUGAGGAAUUGGAAGCAUUACUCGAUCAAGAUUCAUGUCAAACACAAGAUGAACUUGCUGAAUCGUUGAAUGUUGAUGCACAACAGUUUUCAAACGUUUAAAUGCAUUCCGUAUGAUUCAAAAGCAAGGAAAUUGGGUGCCAUACAAAUUGAAGCCGAGAGAUAUUGAAUGGCGAUUUUUCAUGUGUGAACAAUUGCUAAGGGUUUUUAGCAUCAUAUCGAGUGAUGAAAAAUGGAUAUGCCUUGAUAAUCAUAAGCAUUGAAAAUCGUGGGGAAUAUGGUUCGAAGCUCAUGCUCUGUGUAGGACCAGCUUGGUGUUGUGUACUAUGAGCUGCUUCAACCAAAUGAAACCAUGACUGGUAUACACUACUGAACACAGUUGAUGCGUCAUGUUCACCAUAUAUUGCUCCAUUGGAUUACUACUUGUUCCAAUCCAUGGAAUACGGCCCGGCUAAGCAGCACUUCCAAACUUACGAAAAUACGAAAAAUUAGAUCGAUUGGUGGAUAACAUCAAAAGACGAGUUGUUCUUUUGACACAGAAUCAGUAUGCUGCCAGAAAGAUUGGAAAAAGGAGUGGCUAGCGAUGGACGAUACUUCGAAAAAUAACAAUGUGCACAAUUUUUCACCAUAAAGCCUUGAAUUUACAAAAAAAAUCCCUCAAAAUUA